CUAACAGAAACUCCAAGCAAGAAAAGCAAAUAAAAGGAGAAAAAAGGGGGGUGGAGAGGCGCAAAUUCUGUGGUUCCAGGCUUGCAAACCAAUCCUCCCAGAAGGGAAUCGUUGGGAAAAAGUAAUGGGUUUGCUUCAAAGCCAACCGAAUCUCACUCGUUUCCUCGCCUUCUCAUACUGACAUUGCAUCUUCCCUUUCAUAUGUAAUGCAACUCCUUUCUCUCUCCCUCUCUCUUAUUAUAUACACCUGUGUUUUCGUAUUGUGCCUAUAUAUUCUUAUAACUUCCAAGGUUGGAAACACAAAACUGGAAAGCAAAUUCCAGGGUAACUGUUCACAGGGGUUUCAAUCUUUUUCUUUUUUGACUCUCUUACCUGAUAGAAACCUGUCACUGAAUUAACAUAUCUUCUGCAUAUUAACAUCCACUCCCUCCUCUCUUGCUUCCAUCACAUACAUCCAAUCAUCCAUUUCUUUCUCUCUCUCUCUCUCUCUCUCUUUUCCAAGCUUUUUGUUGAAUAUAAUUAGAGAUGAUGAUGAUGGAGGGUCAGGAGGAAGUUGUUCUUUGUAAAGAUCAGCUACAAAUCAUCAAAGGCAAACGUACCAAGCGUCCAAGGCCGCUGUCGCCUCUGACUUUGUUGAUGGCUUCAAGCACGACAUCUAGCGGAGGAGAAAGUGGAGGUGAAGGUGGGAGAAAUAGUGAUGAUUCGAGAGGGUUGGAACGAGCUGUUGCUUCUCCAACAACAUCUGUUGAUGAGUUAACAGAAAUUAGCACGGAAGAAGAAGAAGACAUGGCCAAUUGUUUAAUACUUUUGGCUCAAGGCCAAACAAGAAUAAAACCAUCAGAACCGGCUUCUUUGGCAACAACAAGCAAGACGGGGAUAUAUGUUCACCAGUGCAAAACAUGUAACCGGUGCUUCUCUUCGUUCCAGGCGCUUGGUGGACACAGAGCAAGCCACAAGAAGCCCAAGGUUAAUAAUGAAGAGAAUAAAGGAUUGGUGUUUGUGAGAGAAGAUGAUGAUCAAUUCAACAACAUGAACACAGCCCUUUCACUCCAAAUAACAAAUAAGGCUGUUUUAUGCAAUAGCAGCAAAUCCAAAGUUCAUGAAUGUUCGAUUUGUGGCGCUGAGUUCUCUUCGGGACAAGCUCUUGGGGGUCAUAUGAGGAGGCACAGGACGUUUACUAAUGUACCGACAACAACGGCUACAACAGCUUUGAGUGUUGGAACAAGAAGUCCUGAAUCACAGGAGUCCAAGAAACCAAGAACUGUUCUGCAGUUGGAUCUUAACCUUCCAGCCCCGGAAGAUGAUCAUCACAGGGAAACUAAAUUUUCCUUUGCUUCCAAGGAAAAGCUACUGGUUUUCUCGGCGUCUUCUUUGGUUGAUUGCCAUUACUAGAAAUGCAAGUCCAAUAUCUUCUUAAUUCUUUUGGGGGGAAGUUUCUGUCACCCAAAAAUCAAUGUGUAUGAUUAACAUUAUUUUCUCACUAAUAUCAUUCAUAAUUGUCCAUUCUUUGAA